ACGACCUCGACCGUCGUGACAAUCAGAUCCAUACACAUAGGCUCACAAGAUCGGAAAGAUGCCUCCAGUCAAGAAAGAAAAGGCUGAGAUGAGCGCCUUCGAGCGCAAGCGCCUCGAGAAUAUUGCUGCCAACCAGGCAAUAUUGAAAGACCUUAGUACAUCCGCGGAAAAGAUUAUGCCAAAGCCCGUCUCAAAACCAAAGUCAACAACCACUCGAAAGAAGGCGACUCCCGUAAAGAGAGAGGAGCCGCGGCCUACGAGGACAAGUUCGCGGAUUGCGGGCUUGGAAGCCGAUAGUGAAACUGCGAAACGCAAAGCGGAAGUCGACUAUGAAUUUGCCAAAGAACAGGCCAAGGCCAAGAAACUGAGGGUCUCGGGAGACCUCAAUUUCAAUGACAUUGUUGUUGAGGGAAAGAAGUGGAACAAGGAUGACAACUUCCUGUCUGGCAUCAUGAGAGGCGCGCAGCCAAACGUGAGAACCUUCACCGAGGAUGAUAUCCAGGAGACGACCGAUGAAGGCUUGAAGGCGUUACGGGAGAAAAUGAGUGGAUUGCAGUUAUACGAAGGAUAUGAACCGAAUCAGAUAAAAAUAACUCCUGAGAGAAUAUACUCACUUGGAUUUCACCCCUCACCAGAGAAACCUCUCAUAUUUGCUGGAGAUAAAAUGGGGAAUAUGGGGAUUUUCGAUGCAUCACAAACUGGACCCGAAGUGAAAGCCGAGGAUAAUGGCGAUGAUGAAGAGGAGCCAGAUGCCCCUGAGCCUGCUAUUACUGCUUUAAAGCUCCAUUCGAGAACAAUCACAUCCUUUGUCUUUCCUGCAGACGGCAAUCAUUUAUACUCUGGCUCCUACGAUUCCUCUGUGCGAAAAUUCGAUCUUCAGAAGGGCCUUGCCGUGGAAGUAUUUGCUCCCGCCUCUCUUGAUGAGGAUCUACCAAUAUCUAGCAUCGCCAUUCCCUCCACGGAUCCAAACCUGCUUUACUUCUCCACACUGGAAGGAUCAUUUGGCAGGCACGAUAUGCGCACGCCCUCUAACACCGAGAUCUGGCAGCUCACAGACAAGAAGAUUGGUGGCUUUUCCUUGCAUCCACUCCAUCCUCAUCUUGUUGCAACGGCCUCUCUGGAUCGGAUGCUAAAGGUCUGGGACUUGCGGAGCAUCAAGGGCAAAGGAGAUGCACGAGUACCAGAUUUGAUGGGAGAGCACGAGUCACGGCUCUCAGUGUCCCAUGCUUCUUGGUCAGCUGGUGGCCAUGUCGCAACAGCCUCUUAUGAUGAUACAAUAAAGAUCCAUUCAUUCCCCAGUGCUGGAUCCUUCAAAAUUGGCCACGAUUUGGAUAGUGAUGCUAUGGAACCAACCUCCAUCAUCAAACACAAUAAUCAAACAGGUCGUUGGGUAACGAUUCUCAAGCCGCAGUGGCAGGAGAGGCCGGAAGAUGGAAUUCAGAAAUUCGUCAUUGGGAAUAUGAACAGAUUCGUGGACGUAUUUAGUUCUGAUGGAGAGCAAUUGGCACAGCUUAGUGGUGAGGGCAUUACUGCUGUCCCAGCUGUUGCCCAGUUCCAUCCAACGCGGGAUUGGGUUGCUGGUGGAACAGCGAGUGGGAAACUCUGCUUGUGGAUGUGAGACUGGUAUUAUGAUAUGAUUGUUUGAUUAUAGGCUGUGGAUAUACCGGAGUUGUGCGGAGACUUCUUGUAGUAAUGAAACAACGGUCGACUUCUCUUUGACUAGAAGUGAUUUGUUAUGUUUCGCCGCAGCACUCGGGU